UGGCUCGGUGAAAAUUUGUGGCUUAUUAAAUGAAGUGAAAUGCAAUUUUUGAACUGUGAUUGGAUAUUUUUAAAAAGUGUUAAAAAGUCGUAUACAAAAAGUGAUAAAUAAUUUCCAUCUACCAUUAAAUUGUGAAUGCUAUAAUAGUUAAAUAGUUUUGCAGUUUGUUUGUUCACGCAAUUUAAAACCCUGCUCACCGCACACGCAUCUUGCCACGCCGAACCCAUGCGUCCAUUCAAAGGAGUCCACAGUAUUCUGCUGCUGCUUUUGCUCCUCAUAGUAUGCCAGAGGGUUUGUCGCAGUCGCGCUCAAUUUAUUGAUGACUUAGAAACCGAUCCAGAUGAUGAGGAGGACGAAAGUGUCGAGGAUGAAACGCCCGAAGAGAGAGCCACACGCAAGAGCAUUGAAGAGGACUCCAAUCUGACUGUGGAUAAAUUAAUUGCUAAAUAUGGCUAUCCGGCGGAAGUGCAUCAUGUCACCACAGAAGAUGGUUACAUACUGACUAUGCACCGCAUCCGACGACAAGGCGCUCAGCCAUUCUUCUUGCAGCAUGGACUCGUCGACAGCUCAGCCGGCUAUGUUAUAAUGGGGCCGAAUGUCAGUUUGGCCUAUCUUCUUGCCGAUUAUAAAUACGACGUCUGGCUCGGCAAUGCACGUGGCAAUCGUUAUUCGCGCAAUCAUACCAAACUCGAUCCGGAUGGCUCGAAAUUUUGGGACUUCAGUUGGCACGAAAUCGGUAUGUACGAUCUGCCAGCGAUGAUCGAUUAUGUGCUGAAGACAACGGGUUUCAAGAAAAUUCAAUACGCUGGACAUUCGCAGGGCUGUACGGCAUUUUUUGUGAUGUGUUCCCGGCGACUAGAAUACAACAAGAAAGUGAUAAUGAUGCAUGCCAUGGCACCAGCGGUUUAUGCCUCAGAGACAGAGGAACAUCCAUAUAUACGGGCAAUUAAUUUAUACUUUCGAAGUUUGGUGGGUAGUUCGGUCACGGAAAUGUUUAAUGGCGAGUUUCGUUUUCUCUGCCGCAUGACCGAAGAAACGGAGCGACUUUGCAUUGAGGCUGUAUUUGGAAUAGUUGGACGAAAUUGGGACGAAUUUAAUAGGAAAAUGUUUCCCGUCAUUUUGGGACACUACCCCGCCGGUGUGGCGGCUAAGCAAGUCAAGCAUUUCAUACAAAUCAUCAAAACCGGACGGUUCGCACCUUACAGCUACAGUAGCAACAAAAACUUGGCACUCUACAAGGAACACAUACCGCCGCGUUACAAUCUCUCGCUGGUCACAGUGCCCACCUAUGUCUAUUACUCAAGCAACGAUUUGCUCUGUCAUCCCAGUGAUGUUGAGGCGAUGUACAAGGAUCUCGGUAAUCCCAUUGGUAAAUAUUUGAUACCAGCGAAGGAGUUCAAUCACAUGGAUUUCCUGUGGGCAAUGAAUGUGCGAAAAUUCGUUUAUGCGCGCAUGUUGCGGGUGUUGGGGAAGAUCAAGGACCAAAAACGGGGAAACAGCCCAGCCGGUGGUGUGAGCACAAAUAAGGUAAAACAAGGAAAGGGGCGACGAAGAAGAUGAUGAAUGCCGGAGAGCAGAGCAAGUUGAUUUUUCUCGUCAACUGAUGUUGAAUGAGACUUAAGUUUUAG